UUUUACCGAACUUCCGGGAAAUUGACACAACAGAGGCUAAGCGUUUAGUUUGGGGUAGUAAGCAACUGAACUCCAUUUACAGAUACAGAAUAGACAUUAUUCUGAAGUUUCACAAUGUCGGAUGAAAGAGCAGAGCGGUCCGAUGGAAAGAUGGUUAAAAUGGAGGUUGAUUACAGCUCUACUGUAGAGCAACGAGUCCCGGAAUGCGAAAAAAUGGCAAAAGAAGGACGUCUUCAAGAAGGCAUUGAAAGUCUCCUGUCUUUAGAAAAACAAACGAGAACGGCCUCCGAUAUGGUGUCGACGUCUAAGAUUUUGGUGGCUAUCGUGCAGAUGUGCCAUGAGGCAAAAGACUGGGAUGCACUCAAUGAAAACAUUAUGUUACUGGCAAAGAGGAGGAGUCAGCUGAAACAGGCUGUGGCAAAGAUGGUGCAAGAGUGCUGCAAGUAUGUCGAAGGUGUGACUGACCUUACUAUCAAACUAAGACUUAUUGACACCCUACGGACAGUCACCGCUGGAAAGAUCUAUGUGGAAAUCGAGCGUGCCAGGCUUACCAAGACCUUGUCUAACAUAAAGGAGCAGAAUGGUGAGGUGAAAGAGGCUGCCGCCAUCCUUCAGGAACUGCAGGUGGAGACGUACGGCUCCAUGGAGAAGAAGGAGAAGGCGGAGUUCAUUCUGGAGCAGAUGAGGCUGUGCAUCGCUGUGAAGGACUACAUCCGCACCCAAAUCAUCAGCAAGAAAAUCAACACCAAGUUCUUCAAGGACGAGGGCACAGAGGAAUUAAAGCUGAUGUAUUACAACCUAAUGAUCGAAGUGGAUCAGCAUGAGGGCUCGUACGUGUCUAUCUGCAAGCACUACAAUGCCAUCUAUGACACCCCCUGCAUCCUGGAGGACAGCACCAAAUGGCAUCAGGCCCUGAAGAGUGUGGUGCUCUAUGUGAUUUUGGCGCCUUACGACAACGAGCAGUCGGAUCUGGUCCACAGAAUCAACACUGACAAGAAACUGGAGGAGAUUCCCAAAUACAAGGAGCUCCUGAAGCAGUUCACCACAAUGGAGCUGAUGCGCUGGGCCUCCGUGGUGGAAGACUACGGGACAGAGCUGAGGGAAGGUUCCAAAGACAACCCCGCCACUGACGUCUUCUCCUCCAGCGAGGAGGGGGAGAAGAGGUGGGGGGACCUGAAGAACCGGGUGGUGGAACACAACAUACGAAUCAUGGCCAAGUACUACACAAGGAUUACCAUGAAGAGGAUGGCAGGAUUGCUUGACCUCUCCAUUGAUGAGUCUGAGGAGUUUCUGUCCAAUCUGGUGGUCAACAAGACCAUCUAUGCUAAAGUGGACCGGCUUGCUGGCAUCAUCAACUUCCAGAGGCCCAAGGACCCCAACGACCUGCUGAACGACUGGUCCCAAAAACUGAACUCCCUAAUGGCUCUAGUCAACAAGACCACUCACCUCAUAGCCAAAGAGGAGAUGAUCCACAAUCUACAGUAAUUGGCAUUCUUGAGACCCAUUGGGUUGCAGUUCCCCCAAGGGCCACGGGGAGGUCCUGAAAAUGCAAAAUUAUUUUUGCUUUUCGAAAAACAUCUACAUUUUUUUGGACUGUGAACAUCACAACCACCUAAUAUAGUAGGAAGGUGGCACACUUUAGAUUGAUCAAAUGUUCUGCAGUAAAAUAUUUGUUGCCCUUUCAGUUUGGGGGAAAAAAAUGUUCAGUGUGGCCUGCAGUCGAUGUCUGAAGCAAUUCCUUUUGUUUGUCAGCAUUAUUAAAGGUAUGUGGUCCAUUUCUCAAUGUUUGCAGCAGGAGUUCCAUCGUCUCUUUUUCCUCUGAUAUGGGAUCAGUGGAAUAACAGUUGAGCUGCAGGUUGUUUUAAGACAUUGCUGUAAGCUUGUGCUUUUUUGUUUUUUGAUGUAUAACCUUUGCAAUACAAAAUAUUAAAUCUCAACAGUGAUA